AUCAUCCACCACUGCCGUUAAUUUGGCUGUUUCGCUUGCAAAUAAGUGGCAGCUAAAGGUUGGGCUGCUGGAUGCUGAUGUUUACGGGCCGUCGAUUCCGAUGAUGAUGAAGCUCCAUGGGAAGCCUGAAGUGAGUGCAGAUAAGAAAAUGAUCCCAAUCGAAAACUAUGGUGUUAGAUGCAUGUCGAUGGGGUCCCUGGUCGCAGAAGGGGACGCGCUUGUCUGGAGAGGUCCUAUGGUCAUGAAAGCACUUGAACAGAUGACGAGAGGAGUUGAUUGGGGAACGCUAGAUGUUCUUGUGGUAGACAUGCCACCUGGCACCGGUGAUGCUCAGAUUUCCAUCUCGCAGAGAUUGCAAUUGUCAGGAGCCGUAAUUGUGUCAACUCCUCAAGAUGUUGCCUUAAUGGAUGCUCGAAGAGGUGUUAAAAUGUUCUCCCAAGUGAACGUGCCAAUUUUAGGAAUUGUGGAGAACAUGAGCUAUUUUAAAUGUCCGAGCUGUAAUGAGGCUCAUUACAUUUUUGGAAAGGGUGGAGCUCAAAAGACAGCCGAUGAUAUGGGGAUGAGGUUUCUUGGUGAGUUGCCACUGGAGACGGGAAUACGAAGUGGCUCUGAUGAAGGAGUGCCUGUUGUGAUAUCCAAUCCCGAAUCUUGUGUAUCCCAGGCCUAUGGUGAUAUCUCCCAAAAGAUAGUCAGCACACUCGAGCUACUCAACCAGCCACACUCGCGUCCUGAAAUAAAUCUUUAAGCAUGGGGCGUUUCCAGCUACGUCUUCAACUUUUCCUAGAUGGUGGCACCAACACUUGCUAUCACAUUGACACCCAAGCUCCUAAAGACCUCUUAAGGCACGGUGAGAAGAUUCGCUUUGACGUCUCUU